UUCGAGUGAGACAGGAAGGCUUAACGAGAGAGAAAAGUGUGAACCCUAAAGAGAGAAACAGAGGCAAAUUCAAAAGUUUAUCUCCUGAAGUUUUCUUUGUCCAUACUCUAUAACCAUGGCUACCUCUGCUCCCGAAGAUAGCAUGUUCGAGGAUGAUGAUAUCGCUUCCAUGUCGACCGAAGACAUUAUCAGGAGCUCUCGACUCCUCGACAACGAAAUCCGCAUCUUUAAGGAUGAGUUACAGAGAACGAAUCUGGAGUUGGAGACGUUCAAGGAAAAGAUAAAGGAGAACCAGGAGAAGAUCAAGCUGAACAAGCAACUCCCAUACCUUGUCGGUAACAUAGUCGAGAUUUUGGAAAUGAAUCCAGAGGAUGAUGCCGAAGAGGAUGGUGCAAAUGUUGACCUAGAUUCUCAGAGGAAGGGAAAGUGUGUUGUACUUAAAACAUCAACACGUCAGACCAUAUUUUUACCUGUUGUUGGGCUCGUAGAUCCUGACAAGCUAAAGCCUGGUGACUUGGUUGGGGUGAAUAAAGACAGUUACCUGAUAUUGGAUACUUUGCCGUCUGAGUAUGAUUCGCGUGUUAAGGCUAUGGAAGUUGAUGAAAAGCCUACUGAAGAUUACAAUGACAUAGGAGGUCUUGAGAAGCAGAUUCAAGAACUCGUUGAGGCUAUUGUUUUACCUAUGACCCACAAGGAAAGGUUUCAGAAAUUGGGAAUUCGUCCCCCCAAAGGAGUUCUUCUCUAUGGACCUCCUGGAACGGGAAAAACUCUAAUGGCACGGGCAUGCGCUGCUCAGACAAAUGCUACUUUUCUGAAGCUUGCAGGUCCCCAAUUAGUUCAGAUGUUCAUUGGUGAUGGAGCAAAGCUUGUGCGUGAUGCAUUUCAACUUGCUAAAGAGAAAUCCCCAUGCAUCAUUUUCAUAGAUGAGAUUGAUGCAAUAGGAACAAAACGAUUUGACAGUGAAGUGAGUGGUGAUCGAGAGGUUCAGCGCACAAUGUUAGAAUUGCUAAAUCAGCUUGACGGUUUCAGCAGUGAUGACCGGAUAAAGGUCAUAGCAGCAACCAAUCGAGCAGAUAUUCUUGACCCGGCUCUUAUGCGUUCGGGUCGUCUAGAUCGCAAGAUCGAGUUCCCUCACCCAACUGAAGAAGCUAGGGCCAGAAUCUUGCAGAUACAUUCGAGGAAAAUGAAUGUGAAUCCUGAUGUGAAUUUUGAAGAGCUUGCACGUUCUACUGAUGAUUUCAAUGGAGCACAGUUGAAAGCUGUUUGUGUCGAAGCCGGCAUGCUUGCAUUACGACGAGAUGCAACUGAGGUUAUCCAUGAAGAUUUCAAUGAAGGGAUCAUUCAAGUUCAAGCCAAGAAGAAGGCGAGCCUAAACUACUAUGCGUAGUUUGGAAAAAAAAUGUUCUCAAGUACUGCUGUCUGAGAGAGCAUUGGUUUUCUAAAUGUUUCCCCUCAUUUUCUAUCCCCAAGCACACCUGCACAUGCACACAUAUAUUAUCAUCCAUUCGCCUGGACACGGGCAUCUAUCUAAAGAUCAGUAGAAGUUGGUAUCAGUAGUGACUGAUCAUUAAAUGUAAUUGAUCUUUUAAUUUAAUAUAAUAUAAUAGGUCUUUCGAAAAUAAUGUAAUUUUUUGUUAAGAUUCUUUACGAAAAGGGUAUUUAUGGUUUUGAA